AAGAGAUUCACCUCCUCAUCAGGCAUUAAAAUUCAUCAGAGAAUCCACACAGGAGAGAAAUCUUAUAUCUGUACUCAAUGUGGAAAGAGUUUUACUACAUCUAGCCAUCUGACAUUACACCAGAGAACACACACAGGAGAGAAACCUUAUAUCUGUGAUCAAUGUGGGAAGAGUUUUUCUGCAUCUAGCUAUCUGACUCUACACCAGAGAACACACACAGGAGAGAAACCCUAUAUCUGUGAUCAAUGUGGCAAGAGUUUUGUUCGAUCUGACCAGCUGACAUUACACCAGAGAACACACACAGGGGAGAGACCUUAUAGCUGUGGUCAAUGUGGGAAGAGUUUUGGUCAAUCUGGAGAUCUGACAGUGCACCAGAGAACACACACAGGAGAGAAAUCUUAUAGCUGUGAUCAAUGUGGAAAGAGUUUUGUUAGAUCUAGCCUUCUGACAUUACACCAGAGAACACACACAGGAGAGAAACCUUAUAGCUGUGAUCAAUGUGGCAAUAGUUUUACUACCUCUAACUAUCUGACUCUACACCAGAGAACCCACACAGGAGAGAAACUUUUUAUCUGUGAUCAAUGUGGGAAGAGUUUUGUUCGACCUGGCCAGCUGACAUUACACCAGAGAACACACACAGGAGAGAAACCUUAUAGCUGUGGUCAAUGUGGGAAGAGUUUUGGUCAAUCUGGAGAUCUGACAGUGCACCAGAGAACACACACAGGAGAGAAACCUUAUAGCUGUGAUCAAUGUGGGAAGAGAUUUGCCACAUCAGGCUCUCUGACUCUACACCAGAGAACACACACAGGAGAGAAACCUUAUAACUGUGGUCAAUGUGGGAAGAGUUUUGCUGCAUCGAGCAAUCUGACUCUACACCAAAGAACACACACAGGAGAGAAGCCUUAUAGCUGUGUUCAAUGUGGGAAGAGUUUUGGUCAAUCUAGCAUUCUGACUCGACACCAGAGAACACACACAGGAGAGAAAUCUCAUAGCUGAUACCAAAUAUAAUCUGAUAAAAGAUCUCUGCUCAAAUAUCAGAACAUGUAUACAUGAUGGAGUUGUUUCAUGAUAUCAAUGAAUUAAUGUCACAAUGUAGAAUGUUUUAACAUUGUAGUUGGAGUAUUUUAAUAGUGUCACAAUUUAGAACCCUAAACGUUUGCCCCCUUAUCAAUUGAUUUCAACAUGUUAUCGAUGAGUGAUGACAAAUAAGUGUUGCAGUCCUUUGUUUAGCGACCCCUGAUUUGAAAUGCAUCUCUCCAAAAUGUAGCUGACUGUCUUCUGCAGGUUGUCCUCCAACCAGUGAGGUAAAAGAUAUCUCCCAUUUCCAUGUGUUUUUUUAGUUGUGUUUGUUUCAACAUCAGGUAGAACUGAUUCCCCCCUAAUCGACAUCAGUGAUUAUUUACUUAUCAAAACAACAGCUUUUUUGGUGCUUGUGCAGUUUAUAAGGAACUUAUACAAGUAAUUUGAUUAUUGUGGCAGAUGUUUGUGUAUAUUGUACAAUUUAUGUUUAGUUUUUCAAUUUAUCACAAACUGUUUCUGCAUAUUGGUUAUUUAUUUAUUUUUAUCUUUAUUUAACUAGGCAAGUCAGUUAAGAACAAAUUCUUAUUUUCAAUGACGGCCUAAUCACAUCAUAUUUCAAACAUUCAGCCUGACAAAAGAUACAUGUUUUAUUAUUCCAUGCCUCACCAUUAAGUCAAUUAUUGCCAAUACAUAUUAACAAAGGGAUGUACAUUUGCUUUUGAUAUUUCAAAUGUACAAUUCAUGUGACAUUUAGUAAUCAUAAUUAUUUAUGCAACCAACUGACAAUUUUUGGGUACAAUUAUAUUGAAAUUGUUAGCCUGCUUUUAGAAUAUCAGGGAUCAUUCUCAGAUGUGCCAACCCUAAUGUACUGGAGCAUGACAUUGGGGACUGGGCCUCGAUCCAACAACAUGCCUAUCGAGAUAUUGCAGGACUUUGCUCUUGAAAUCAUACAAUUUGAUUUGAGUUUUGUUUGGGAAAGUACUACGGAUAUUGCAGGAGUUUCCUCUUAAAAUCAGACAUGUCCGUGAUAAGGUUAACUUGGUUGCUGAUUGUCUCAAGUGUGGGCAGUCAAAAGGUUUUGUGUUUUUCGUUAGGCAGUCAUUGCUAUGGAUCACGUUUUUCCGUAUUGGAGAUGAGUUUUGUUUGGGCUCAUUCCAAGGGGAGGAGAGUUCUAGAAGCUAGUGAGUUUUAGGAUUCUAUAGAAAGAAAAAGGAGAAAAAAAUUAUAUGAUUGUAUAUUAUUGUUUAGAAGUAUGUGUUUUUUCUUGUUUUUAAUUGUUGACAGCAAGUGGUUUUCUGUUGGUGGUGAGCAAACUUGACCAACAAAAAUUUAGGAUAUAUUUGUUGUCUUUAGGGGGAAGGUGUUACAGGCUUUGGUUUUUCCAUUUAUGUUUUGAUGUUAGACUUUAGCACGUAGGAACGGGGGAUACCAAGUCAGCUGUACAACUGAAUGCAUUCAACUGACAUGUGUCUUCCGUGCACUGAUGACUGUCACCUCGUUAGUAUGUGUUACACCUGUGCUGGCUUGUCCAUCUCGUUAGUGGGAAGGUGUUUCACCUGACCUGGUCCAGGUUCUAUUUAAGAGUGUCUGGCCCAGUGCUCCAGUUGUCUGAUAGAUGUGGAGAGUCAACACCUUUAGUUCAUCCACCUUUAAGUUUGUUGUGGGUUUUUUGUUUGGUUUCCUCUUCUUGGGCAGUUUUAGUGGGUUAGAUUUAGUGGUGUCUUUUAUUUCCCAGUUGUUGUUACUAGUCAACUUUCAAUGUACACCCCCAUAGUGCCUUUCAGAACCCCUCUUAAAAAAAACAGCUUUAAUUUUGGGUUGGAUAUUUUCAUCAAAGGCAUUUCCUUAGGAUGCUCAUUAGUCUUUAAGUUGCUAUUAUUGUUUUUUAUCCUCUUAUGUUUGUGUACUAAAUAUUUCUGUUUAUUUUAAUUUGUUUUUUCCUGUGAAGUCAUUGUGUUGCAUCCAUGUCUGACAUACUGUAUAAAUAAAGCUUGAUUUGAUUUGAACAUAUUGCAAAACAAAUUAAGCCAAUGAUUGACC